AUGCUUCUCGACGAAAUACUACCUCUCCUUGUACGAUACUGGCCUAUCGUGUUGCUCUCGCUCGUCACAGGCCACCUCGCCAGCAAUAAAUUCUGGAAAGGACUACACAAGUACCCUGGCCCAACGUUAGCAGCAUACAGCAACUGGUGGAGACUACGAGAUGUGUCCAAGAAGAACCACCACUGGACCAACAUUGAGUUACAUCGUGAACAUGGCGAUAUUGUGAGACUGGGGCCGAAUGUUCUCUCUUUCGCAGACCCGAAGGCCAUCAAGGCCAUCUAUGGGCUGAAUAAGGGUGUAACAAAGUCGGACUUCUACCCAGUGCAAGGAGCCGUCGCGAACGGCAAACCUCUUCUCUCCCUCUUCUCGACCACUGAUGAGGACUUUCAUGCGAAAUAUCGACGCUGCGUGAACAACGCGUUUGCCAUGAGUUCACUGGUCAACUACGAGCCGCUUGUCAACUCCACACUCACAUACUGGCUCGACAAGACCGAGGCGAUGUUUGCCAACACCAGUCAAAGCUGCAACUUCAGUCAGUGGCUGCAGUUCUUCGCUUUCGAUGUCAUCGGGGAGUUGACCUGGAGCAAGCGCCUCGGAUUCGUUGAUGGCAAUAAGGACGUCGACAACAUCAUCGGGUUCCUGGGCAAGUUCUUCGAUUAUGUUGCACCGGUCGGCCAGAUACCUAUCCUCGACCGCAUCCUUUGGAAGAACCCCAUCAGCCUCUUCGCCCAACGAGUCGGUCUCGACAAGCGCGUCCACCCCGUGACUCUCUUUGCGCUCUCUCGCUCCAACGAACGCGCCCAGCAGGUUUCCAAGGUCAAGAAGUUCGGCCUCUCGGACGACGAGCGCGCCAACCCCCGCGGUAUCGAUCUGCUCUCCAAGUUCGCUCAAGCCUCCCAUGAUCACGACUUCAUGGACGACAACCGCAUCCUGUCAACCUGCACAUCCAUGGUCUUCGCCGGCUCGGAAACAACAGCCAUCUCGCUCUCCGCCGUGUUCUACUUCCUCGUCAAGCACCCGCAGGUCUAUGCGAAGCUGAUGCGUGAACUCGAUGAUGCUGUAGCAGACGGGUCAAUCGAGGAACGCGCAGAUAAAACCGUGUCCUGGCCCGAAGCCCAAAAGCUGCCCUAUCUUGACGCUGUCGUGCAAGAGUCCUUCCGCCUCCACCCCGCGCCCGGUCUCAUUCUCGAGCGCGUCGUGCCUGCACAGGGCAUGCAGAUCGUCGACACCUUCGUACCCGGCGGGACAAUCGUCGGCUGCAACGCGUGGGUUAUUCACCGCCGUCCUGAAGUUUUCGGGUCGGACGUCGAUACGUUUCGACCCGAGCGCUGGAUCGAGGCCAGCCCGGAGAAGCUCAAGGAGAUGAAGGGCAGCAUGCUGCAGUUUGGUGCGGGCGCGAGGACGUGCAUUGGCAAGAACAUCAGUCUUCUGGAGAUCUACAAGCUGGUCCCUAGCUUCCUGAGGCGGUUCGAGAUUGAGCUCGAGUACCCUGGUGCGGAGUGGAAGACGCAUAAUGCGUGGUUUGUCACGCAGAGGAACUUCAACACGCGCUUCAGGCCCCGUGUCACUAAGACCGAGUAA